AUGCUUAACUUGCAUAAAGUGAGCAAUAUCAUUUUUAAGUUUUAUAUAAGAAGAUCCACACUGGCUACGUUUGAUGUCAAGCAUUCCCAUCUAAGAGGAGUAGCUAUAAAGUAUCAUUGUCCGGAAUCGCAUUUAAUUCGGAAAUUUCUGCUCUUUAUUAAGGCUUAUCAGUUAAAUAAUUGAACAGACUGGAUGAGUGACAGACCUUUACACCCAACUUGACCUGAAUAA